AUGAAUUUUGUUACUAUCCGUGAUGACACUGAUUUGCAAGAAAUCAUUGAUGAUCCUGACUUUCAGAAGAGCAUGUUAAUCGAGUGGUUUGUUGCAAACCGCCGGUAUCCGACAGCUCGCAGCCUUACCUAUUGUGAGUUCGCCUCGAAAUACACAUGGGAUGUUGAUCAUAAGCUCUGGAAAGCAAGGAAAAGAGGCAUCAAGAUUGGUAGAUUGCGCUAUGUUCAUCCUAGCACUGAUGAAACUUUUUAUGUUUGCAUGCUUUUGAUGGUUGUUCGUGGUGCCAUGAGUUAUGAAGAUGUCAGGACAUACGAAGGCAUUGUCUAUCCAACAUACCAUGCUGCAUGCCAAGCUCGAGGCUUGAUAGGUGAUGAUACUGAGUUGGCAUGUUUAUUUGAUGAGGCAAUAGUCUGGGCUACAGCAUACCAACUUAGGAACCUGUUUAUGACGGUCUUAGUAUAUUGUGAGGUUGGUAAUGUGAAAUCCCUCUUCAAUAGAUAUUGGAAGUAUAUGGCAGAUGAUCUUGCCUACAAACUCAAACGGACUCUACAAAACCCAUCUUAUGUCAUCCCUGAUCAUGCUUUGCAGUCUAGCUUGAUGAAGGAAUUAACACAUAUGUUCUCUAACAAUGGCCUAUCCAUCGCAUCUUAUGACCUGCCUACUCCUACUGAUAACCCCAGCAACAGCGACGGUAACAGAUUGAUCCUAGAAGAAUUGAUCUAUGAUAGAAUCAAGCUUCAUCGUGAAGCUAAAGAAAUGUCAGCUGCUCUUAAUUCUGAUCAGAGAAUCAUCUAUGAUAAUGUCAUUCAUUCUAUUUCACAGAAUGAGCUGUUUGUUUAUUUUGUCUCUGGGCAUGGUGGAACUGGGAAGACAUUCCUCCGGAAUGCUAUUCUAGCAAAUAUGAGAUCCAAUGAACACAUUGUUCUUGCUGUCGCAUCCUGCGGUGUUGCUUCUCUCCUGCUCCCUGGAGGUCGGACUACUCAUUCACGGUUCAAAAUCCCUUUGGAUAUUCAUGAGGAAAAUCCACAGAAUGUAUGCAAGCCAUUCAGUGGGAAGCCAAUGUUGCUUGGCGGUGACUUUAGGCAGGUUCUGCCUGUUAUUGAAGGGGGCGAUAAAUCUGAAAUGUUCAAAGCUUCUUUGUUGGGUUCCUACUUAUGGAAUAAUGUGAAGUGGGUGCUGGAUGUUGGUGAAGGGCAGCUUAAACCCAUCGUGAGAAAUGGUGAGGUCACAAAGUCUUGGAUCGAGAUACUUGAUGACCUUCUGUUGAGACCCUCUGGUAUUAAAAUACCGGCUAUUGCUGAACGUAUAUAUGAUGAUUUCCAACAGUUCUAUUCCUCUGUUCCGUAUUUAGCUCAACGAUGCAUCGUUUGCCCAAUCAAUUCCGUUGUUGAUGAAGUUAAUGCAUUCAUGAUUCAAAAAGUUCGUACCUCUGCUCGGGAUUAUCUUAACUUUGACAGCAUUGCUAAUUCAUCUGAACAACCUUCUGACUAUGAAAUGCUUUACCCACCAGAGUUCUUGAAUUCAAUUGUCAUUAAUAAUUUCCCACAACACCAUCUUAGCCUGAAGAUUGGUGUACCUAUUGUCCUGCUUAGGAACAUUAAUCAAUCAAUUGGGCUAUGCAAUGGAACACGCUUGCUUAUCAAAAGGCUGGGUGAUCGUCUCUUAGAAGGUCGGAUUAUGACUGGGAACCAUGUGGGUGACAAAGUAUGCAUACCUCGCAUUGUCCUGAAUGAUACAAGUCCAAAGUGGCCUUUCACAUUGCAGCGUUGA